UUAUUGGACAUUCUAAUGAAUUCUAUGCCAAAACCAGAAAGACAUGCUGAAUCAUUGUGUGACAUUGGUCAUGAUACAAUCUCUUCUCCAACUGAUGUGACAGUUACUAAAAACCAAAAUAUACUCUUGCAAAGCGUCAGCAGCAGUGAGGAGUUUGACCAAGAUGAUGACUGCAGUCAUUCGAUAUUGGUUAAUGAAGGAGGAGAUCCAGGUGGCGACACACAAGAUUGGCAACGCAGGACAGAAGGUGUAAAGAAUAUUGUUACCUUUCCAAAAGAUGUACAUCACCCCCAGGAAACAAGCCAAGAAGAUAUAAAAGAAAACAAUCAGAUAACUUCAGUGCAUCAAGAAUGGGCACAAGCAGAUUCUGUUUCUCUUCCAAAUGAAAUUGAAACAAUGGACUUUAGAACAAAGGUGCCAGCCACACAGCCUUCACUCCUGAAGAAAGAGGAAAGCUCCAGGGAGCUCUGCGACGAGAGCUUGGGCUCCUUGUUGCCAAGACCUUGCUUAGAAUCCAGCAUCUCCAAAUCUGUAAGCAGGGAAGGUGUUCCUCCCUUUCUGAAAGGCCAGCAAAGAAAACCUGAAGAGUUUUCUACCUCUGAUACGAAGUACAGUAGCCGAAGAAUUGAGUUUCCUCUACCACCAUUAUCACUCUUGCCCAUGAGACCUGUUUUUUUUACUAUCCCCCCAAAUCAUGAGGAUCAAAAAGAGAGAGGAAGAAAUAUUCCAAGUCUUGUAUCUUCUGUACCUAAGUUCUCAGAGCCUGUUAGUCGAUCUGAUGAGUUUAGACCAUCAAACAAACAACUGGAAGCCUCGUUUAAGGUGUUUAUGUAUCAAACUCUCAGGUCCUCUGAUUGCUCUAUCUGGUCCAGAAACAUGUGCUCUUUUCAGAAGGCUAACCAUCACAGACAACCCCUGGAGAUGGAGGAGAAAAGGACAUCUAAGGAAACAGUUGGAUGUGACAAAAUUCAAACCUCUCACUUUGAAAAAAGGCACUCUUGGAUGUCCUCUGAGAAUUUUAAGGAAGGCAAUUUUCCUGCAGAUAGGGAGGUGGAUAUCGACUGCCUUGAUAAUGACAUGAGAAAAGCAGAAGAGAACUUUCAAUCUCUCUCAUCAGGAAAGGUAGAGGCCUCUGUAGCCAGAAACUAUGAACAAAAUUCAGAUGUUGAAUGUACCAUGCCAAUCAAAUUCCAAGAAGCCCAGCAUUCAGAAAUAACUCUAUGCAAGGAUAAAGAGGUUAGAAAUGAUAAAGAUGAUUCAAAAAGUGCUUCAGUGCAUAAAGGUGAAGUAAUUGAGCCAAAUCAGAUUUUGGAAGAGUUUACUGUUCUUAAAAGUUUGUCCAAUGUUAUUCCUGACGGCCCCACUGAAAAGCUCCCAGGUCAUAACAUGGAGACAAAUAUAAAAAUAUCAAUAGCAGAGGCAACCAAACCAGAAAUGAAUGGGACAAUGCCUCUUACCCACGUCCCUUUCCCUGGAGAUGAGACUCCCAAGGAACCUACAAUAGCCAAACCACGCCUCCGAAAGAGAAAGAGCAUCCUUCAUAACAACAAUAGCUUCAACAUACUUGCACACAAAGAAAAUGAAAAGCAUAAGAUGAAAACCCACAGAAAUAAGUCGGAUUCAAAAACUAAGACCAGUAACAGGGCACCUCAGAAUUUCAUGAUUUCCGUCAAAAGUUCCAUUAAGCCUACCACGCAUAAAGCCAGCAUUAAAACUCAAGUUUUCCCUUCUUUGGGGCUUAUUGACCCCAGACCUCAACAAUCACCCAAGUUUCAAAGGAGAAUGCCACAGAUAGAAAAGAAGCAAGCAACUUACCAGACUCUGAAACCUAAAAAGCAAUCAUUUCCCUGCAUCUGUAAAAACCCAGGAGUAAAAAAUUCUUCAGUUCCUCUCCUGGUUCAACCAACAGAGCCAAGACUAAAUUACCUAGAUCUUAACUAUAGUGAUAUGUUCAAAGAAAUCAAUUCAACUGCUAAUGGACCUGGAAUCUAUGAAAUGUUUGGGACCCCUGUUUACCGUCACGUGAGAGAGACCGAAUGUCAUGAAAGCAGAUAUUACCGAGGGACAUGCUCAGCUCCAUCAGGCAGAUGUAUCACCAGUAAAUGUCAACCCUCACACAGUGAGAGGAGCAGCAAUAGCAGAACAAGACUUUCUCAGAAGAGACCACAUGUUAAACCCCUCAAGCCUUUACAUGGAAUUAAACACAAGCACAAAAGUUUAAUUUCCAAAGAAAAAGGUUGCAAAGCUGUAGGUAGCAACCUACAAUUGAUUGAAAAUGGUGCCGGCAUAUCAGAAUCAGAGAGGCAGAUGAAGUCUUCAGGAAAAGACUUUCUAUCUUCCAAAGACGAAGCUCAGCCCAUGAACUUUGCUCAGACUCAUGAGCAGUCUGUUAAACAGAACGAAUUCCUUCCUGUCUCAGAUUUGUCCAUUGUUGAAGAAAUCUCUAUGGACGAGUCUGCUGAUGAAGGAGACAUUUCUAACAAUCAAAUACUUGCCACAAGCCUCAGAGAUCUGCAUGAACUUGAAGAGCUAUAUCACCAGACCCCAUUUUUCCUUUCGGAAGACAGCAGGGCAGUGCCCAGUGAGAAGAGUUUCAACAAGCAUGUACCGCAAGAAAAGCAGAAUACAGCAUCUCUUGGUAAAAUAAAUGCCAACCAAAUUUUAACGAAUGAUAUAGAGUUUGAUAGCUUGAUAGAUAAGUCUAAGACACUUGUGAAUUUCUCUUUCCAAGAGAGACAAACAUACCAACAUUGGGCAUAUUCUAUGGAGCGUGAUAGUUUAGCUAAUAAAUCAAUUACACAUCAAAUGUUUGGAAAAACUUUAAGUGAUGCAAAUUCAAUUUCCCAAGAUAUUCUAGACUCUAUAAAGAAUGAGGAAUUGACAGAUGAACUAUUAGGUUGCCUAGCUGCAGAACUAUUAGCUCUUGAUGAGAAAGAUAAUUCUUACCAGAUAAUGGCAAAUGAAACAGAUCCUGAAAACCUAAAUCUUGUCUUCAGUUGGAGAAGAAAUACCACACAAGAGUUGGGUGGAGAGACAACAAAUGCCAAAAUACAGAGACAUAGCAAUGGGUUCAGAAUAUAUGACGAGGAGAAAUUUAUCAAUGGAAUGAUCCUUUCCGAAACUAGUUUAAAGCAUGAAGAACCUAUCCUGUGGACCAGGGGUGAGAUCCUUGGGAAGGGAGCCUACGGCACAGUGUAUUGUGGCCUAACUAGCCAAGGAGAGCUAAUAGCUGUAAAACAGGUGGUUCUGGAUACCUCUGAUAAAUUAGCUACUGAAAAAGAAUACCAGAAGCUGCAGGAAGAAGUAGAUUUGCUCAAAGCACUGAAACAUGUCAACAUUGUGGCUUAUCUGGGCACAAGCUUGGAAGAGAACAUUGUAAGCAUUUUCAUGGAGUUUGUUCCUGGUGGCUCAAUCUCUAGUAUUAUAAACCGUUUUGGGCCCUUGCCUGAGAUGGUGUUCUGUAAAUAUACAAAACAAAUUCUGCAAGGCGUUGCUUAUCUCCAUGAGAACUGUGUGGUGCAUCGAGAUAUCAAAGGAAAUAAUGUUAUGCUCAUGCCUACUGGAAUAAUAAAGCUGAUCGACUUUGGCUGUGCCAGGCGUUUGGCCUGGGCUGGCUUAAAUGGCACCCACAGUGACAUGCUUAAGUCCAUGCAUGGGACACCGUAUUGGAUGGCCCCAGAAGUCAUCAAUGAGUCUGGCUAUGGGAGGAAGUCGGACAUCUGGAGCGUCGGCUGCACUGUGUUUGAGAUGGCCACAGGGAAGCCUCCAUUGGCUUCCAUGGGCAGGAUGGCAGCCAUGUUCUACAUCGGAGCUCACAGAGGCCUGAUGCCUCCCUUACCCGAGCACUUCUCAGAAAGCGCGGCCGACUUCGUGCGUGCCUGCCUAACCAGGGACCAGCACGAGCGACCUUCUGCUAUUCAGCUCCUGAAGCACUCUUUCUUGAAGAGAAGUCUCUGAAUAUA